GAGGAUUACGGUGGUCAGUUAGCUGGCCCCAGUACCAGCUAGCAGGCUUGGGCUUUGAAAACAGACAGGUUUAUGUUGGUGUGUUUGGGUCUGUUAUGACAAAGACAUUAACGUUAACGGUCUCAAAGAAGUCGGACUUCACCUAGCUAGCUGCCCGCAUGUAAAUUAGCUCAAUUUAGCUAACGCCAGCUGACGUUACGUACUUAACGUUAGCUAACAUUAACGUUACAUGCCUGGGCUAUGUCAAAUCUUUUGCCAGCCUCGUGUCAUUCACUUAUUUCAGCAAAAAUAUGGCUUCAUUGUCACAACAAAUGCAGUUAUUUCCAGCUUAUUGUGGACUUAUAUUAGUUGCAUAUUUGCGACGUUUCGUUCUUUGUUAGCAAUUACAUUUACGCGAUUGAAGUUACUGUUGUAAUCUUGUCAGCGCGGUAACGACAGCGUUAUACAGUUGAACGAACAGACUGACAUUUACUAGCAUAUUUUUGCAGCUGACAUUAGAGACUGAAGGGACCAUGCUAAGCCUAGAUACUUGAUCCCAGGAAGAUUUCACCGGGCAGCUUUUCCCCUUUCACCGUGGAAAUGCCAGCUGUGAUCCGGGAUAAAGAGGAUUCCGAGUCUUCCUCUGAGGACGAACAGGAAGACCAUCCUUGCAUUGCCUGGAGUGGCCUUAGCAGGAAGAUCCCAGUUCUGCUGUUUUGCCCUGAGGCUAUCAUUUCUAAAGAUGGGAAGAUCCACUGCAUUGGAGAGCGAUACAACAUGGCCUUCAAGAUUGUGCGCACAGAGAGCCGCCUGGUUCGAGGAAUACUGACCAAUCAUGGAUUCCAUGAGGUUCACCCAAACAGUAAUGAUUUUAACCUCAUGUGGACGGGGUCUCACCUUAAGCCUUACCUACUACGCACCCUUCAAGACUUCCAGAAGGUCAACCACUUUCCCAGGUCAUAUGAACUGACGCGCAAAGACCGUCUGUAUAAAAACAUCCAGCGAAUGCAGCAGGCUCAUGGCUUCAAAAACUUCCAUAUCGUUCCUCAGACCUUUGUGCUUCCCUCUGAGUACCAGGAUUUCUGCAGUUGUUUUUCCAAGGACAAAGGUCCUUGGAUUAUUAAACCAGUAGCAUCUUCAAGAGGACGAGGCAUCUACCUGGUCAGCAAUCCAAGCCAGAUUUCAAUGGAUGAAAACAUCUUGGUUUCUCGCUACAUUAAUAACCCACUGCUGAUAGAUGACUUCAAGUUUGAUGUGCGGUUGUACGUGUUGGUGACAUCAUACGAUCCCCUCCUCAUCUAUGUGUAUGAGGAGGGCCUCGCUAGGUUUGCUACAGUCAAGUAUGAUCAAGCUUCAAAGAACAUCAAGAACCAGUUCAUGCAUCUCACUAACUACAGUGUGAACAAAAAGAGCAGUGACUACAUCAGCUGCGAUGACCCUGAAGUUGAGGAUUAUGGGAACAAAUGGAGCAUGAGUGCAAUGUUGAGGUAUUUGAAGCAGGAGGGGAAAGACACUACAUUACUGAUGAACCAAGUGGAGGACCUCAUCAUCAAAGCUGUGCUGAGUGCUGAGCUACAGAUAGCCACCGCCUGCAAGACCUUUGUUCCCCACAAGACCAAUUGUUUUGAACUGUACGGUUUUGACGUGCUCAUUGACUCCAACCUCAAACCCUGGCUGCUAGAGGUGAACCUCUCUCCCUCCCUGGCCUGUGAUGCACCUUUGGAUCUGAAGAUAAAGGCUAGCAUGAUAGCAGAUAUGUUUUCUCUUGUGGGCUUUGUGUGCCAGGACCCCCUUUUGAGACAGCCACGCUCUGAUCGAGUCACCCUGGACCCCAGCUUCAAGACAGUCACUGCACACACCAGACUGCGGCAGCGGCCCACGUCAGCCAAUGACCCAGAAACAGAGGGCUCUAAGGACAAACUUGGAGCCAAGCACAGCCAGGGAGACAGCACUCUGAACUUGACUGCUGAGGAGAUCAAACUGCUGAGGAGGAUAAAGGAAGAGUAUGAGAGACGAGGAGGUUUCAUCAGAAUCUUCCCUACUCCAGAGACCUGGGAGCUCUAUGGUGGAUAUCUGGAGUCCAAGACAUCAAUGAACUACAUGUUGGCGAACAGACUUUUCCAUGGAAGGAAUCUGAAUGGGAAUGUGCAGCUGCAGGUGGAUGCUUUCCAUGGCUGUCACAUCCUCCGUUAUGAGAGGAAGUUGCUGUCUCUGGAGGCACGUAAAAAGAGACAGCGCCACCUGGCUCAGCGCUCCUCUGCUGGGAAGAAGAAGUCGGGGACGGAAUCCAAGGCCUCUCUCUCUGAAAGCAGUUCUCAGGAUGUUGAGGGAGAGCAGUGUGUCCAGGAGGAAAGAGAGGAGAAUCACGCUCUGGUAAUGGUGCAGGCACAACCGAUGGCCAUCCCACUGCGGUGUUUCCACAGUGAAGUCCUGUCCACCUCAACAGCAACCAAGUCUACUGCCAAGCCUAAAAUCAACCUGCUCCUCAUCCUCCAGCAGGGCUGGGAUCUCAGUAAAGUGCAGGCCCGGAUGGCCUUUUCCUCCUACCUGCAGCGGGUCCAACUAAGACUCUUGGCAGAGAGUAAGGCUAACAUCACCCCAGCCUGGCCAGAGAAAGACAACGACCAAAUGGAGCUGGUGAUUCGCUUCCUGAAGAAAGCAGCCGGUAACCUUCAGCAGGACAUGAAGGUGGUUCUGCCCAGUCGCCAGCUGCCACUCCAAGACCGCAGACGCAUCCUGUCCCACCAGCUGGGGGAGUUCAUCCACUGUUACAACAAGGAGACUGAACAUAUGGCAAAGAAACAAGAGAGUAGCAAAGAGGAGGAGCACUGUAUCAACCCCAGUGUAUUUCAGGAGUAUAUCACUGGAGCAAGUGAAAAUGAUCUGGAAGAAGUUCUGACGUUCUACACACACAAAAAUAAAUCAGCCAGUGUCUUCCUAGGAACAAAAGUCAGGAGUGAAAUAGAUGCCUCAGGAGAGCCAGUCAAAUGUGGGAAUCCUAGAUCUCUGCCUGUGGCCAAAGAGGAUUCCAGCGAGUCCUCACUCUCCAUAGGCAAAGUCAGCACAGACCCAGACACCAAGACCACUGCAAGUCCGCCUUCUGUCCAUACACUGUCUACAGACAAGCAUGCAGUGGUUAGAGCUGGCAAAGCCCAGCCGGAGGUCCAGGCCUCCCAGCACUGCUCCAGCUUCCCUGCAGUUUUAGACUACAAUCACAUCCAUCUGCAGCACUGCCCCUCUUCCUCAAGAUCCCUGCCUCUCCACUGUCCACCACCGCCACCACCUGCUCAGCCACCAUCCUACGCACAGUCUGUGGCCAAGUCUCAGUUGUACCCAGCUCCUCAGCCUACGACGCUUCCCCAGCCCCCAGCAUACACCUCUGCCCCCAUAGUCAUACAGCCCCCAAGAGUGAUGUGGACGGCUGUUUCUACCAGCCCCAACACUGUGCCUGCCCCGCAGCCGCCCCAGGUGCUGAGGAGGAUUCAGUCCUUUACUUCAUCCACGUCCAGCUCUGCUACAACCUCCUCCAUGCCAAGUGCCAUGCACAUCUACAGCCAGAAGCUCUCUAGGCCCACAUCUGCAGGCCAGCUUGUCAGGAAGACCAGCUCCAGUAAGCUGAGGUCAAACUCAGCGGGGGUCUUCAAGGAGUUGAACUCUCUGUCUGCCCAGGCCCAGUCUAACCAGCAGGCCAUCAUUUCAGCCCUGCAGAGGCUGGCUGACAAGCAGGUUGUGCGUCACUAUGGCAGCUCCAGUCACAUCAACCUGCUGACACAACAUUUGUCCAACCUGAACCUGACCAAUGGGAUGCUGAGCAAAGAAGGCUUUAUGUUUAAUCCUAAGGCGCGCCAUGCCACUGUGACCCAAGGGCCAAUGAAGGCUGUCCACUCUGACACGGAUCUGGUUGGCAGCACUGGCCACAGGCCACAGAAGGAUGAGGACGGUCUUUGGAACGACCAGAUGCAGAAUACCAGUAGUCUGAUGACAGGGGUGAGUGCUCAGCAGCACUACCAGCCCACCCAGGGAAGCUACCAGCUUCAGUUUGCCAUCCAACAACUGCAGCAGCAGAGACUCCAGUCUCAACAAGUCCUGGAACAGAGCCUUUGCCGACAUCAGACUCUAUUGCCAGGCCAGACAAACGCUCCAGGAGCCCAGGCUCCCAAAGACUCAUCCAGCUACACUCCAGCCAGCCAUCUUGUCCGUCCCAAUCACAGCCAUAGUCACAACCAUAUGCAGACUCAUGUUAGUCCUGCUCUUACCCCAAAGCCACCAAGCAGUGCCCGGGAGGGCCGAAUCAGGAAGACAGCAACUCAGCGCCUCAUCAAGCAGACGUCCACGGAGAGUCCAGCCAAUGCAACUGUAUCCAGUGGCCAGCAUAUGGUGUACGAGGCCGUCUGCGGGAAAACAGGUCUCUCUGUGUACCGCAAGCUGUUCCAGGGCCAGAGGCCCGAUCCAAGAUGACAUGAAGGGGACCAGAGGCACGGUCUGCCGCUCUGCCGGCCUGACAGGUGUCUCUGCAUGUAACCAUACACCCGCAUCCUUACAGAGGUGUAUUCUGGGAAAGGACAACAGCAACAGAUGAAAGCAUGCCAAACAUUAAACAUGGCCCCAUUAAUUUCUCUAUGAUACAGCCGCAGACAUGCAAGUGGAUAGCCUGCCGGGCCAGGAAUGCCCAGCUUUGACGCAGGUUGGGAUUCUGUUGCGCAGCUCAAGAUCAUCCAGCCUUUUCAGCCCCCCCACCCCCUCAUCCCUCUCAGCUAGCCUCAAUCUGAAUAUAACAGUUGCCCUCCCUCAUUUUCCCCAUGCUACUGAUGCCAUGGAAACAUUUCAGACAGAUAGCCUUCAGCAGAUGAUUGACUGUAGCAUAAAACUUUUUAUUCUCUGUUCAAGCAGUGAUAUGUGUCCCCAAGCCAUUUCUUAAGCAUUAUGAAAAAGUUUUUGUUAUACAAAAAAGCACAUCUAAGAUGUGCAUUUUUGUAAUUGGAGAGAUCUACUGAGUGAUUGCAGAUUGACCAGGGUUAUAGAGAUUGUCUCAGUGUCUUCUCAUCCUGCUGCUAUGAAUGAUGAACAUGCAGAGAAAUUCCUUUCAUGUGUGGUUCCAGUACAACACACUUCAGCGACCAUUCUCUCUUGAAACCUAAACAGUUGCCAAUUCAGAUACUGAAAGUCAUUGCCAAAGGAUGUGCUGAAAGUUUUGCAUCCUUUGCUUGUAGGCAAGAUGGAAAAGGAAACUGAUGUUAAAAGCUGAAAUGAAGUUGGUUGCUGCCUUUUUUGCACCAUACGUUGUGUACACCCUUCUCUGAAAUAUGAUAAAUAUGUUGCUGGCCUGACAAAUCUUUGAGAAGUUUUCCAUCAAGAAUACCGUCAUCUUUUGAUUAUUCAUGUAAACUGCUGAGACCCAAAUGUUUUUUCCUCGAUGGACCAAAUUAUUUAUUUUGGCUUUAUAAGUAAAUUAUAUUAUUGCAUCAGUACAUAAUGACUGUUCAUAAAAUAGAAACUAACUCUCUGUAGCUCAAAGCAUAACAUAAAGAGGAUUUAUGCUUAUGCACAGCCUUGCCUACAAGGAAGGUUAAUGCUGCACCUCCCAGACCAAUAUCCUUGUGUUAUUUAUAACUGUGUAGUGAACAUACUCAGGGUUUGUUCAUAAAAUAAAAUAUCUCUGUCAUAUGAUUAGAUUUAGUAUAUGUUUAUGAUGACUAUUUUGCUUUGUGAAAAAUACUUGAAUUUUAUGUAUUGUCUUACUCAGAUAAAAUGAUAAUUUUAAUGGGUGUUUUGCAUGAUUGUAGUUUACAAUUUUGCAAAGUUAUUGGGUUUAUUAUACUUGAUGUUGAUUGUGUUGGGGUUCUUUGUAUUAUUUGUAAUGGCUGAUGUGAAAGUUUAUGUUGUGGAUUGACUACUAUUAAAGCCAAUGCAUGCUGAAUUUGCAAGAUUCUUAGAAUCCAAAUACAUUCUAUUUAUCAAUCUGUAAAUUUUUAUGCGCUGAUAAACACCUGUUUACAGUC